CCGCCGCUUGGGUGAGGUUAAGUGCUUGUUUGUUGACAAAUCGGUCAGAGAUUCGGGUGGUAGUGGCCGCUAAUGGAGCCCCAAAUUGAUGAAUUGCAAGUAAGUGGGCCCCUAGUCUAAGCAUGAGCGUGCUGGCGCUCCAGUUCGGGCAGUGCGGCAACCAGUUGGGGCACAGCCUCUUCCGGCUGCUAGAGGAGGACCAGCCGGGGCUGCACCGCUGGUUCGUGCCACAGGGGGGCGCCGAGUGGCGGCCCAGGGCUGUGCUGGUGGACACCGAAACCAAAGUGGUGGACGCCGUUAAGGGCAGCUUCCAGGGAGUGGGGGUGGUGGCGCCGCCCCUGGGCGGCUCUGCUAACAAUUGGGCCUGCGGCUACACCGAAACGGGGCCCCUGCUGGUGGAGGACGUGCUGAACUGCGUGCGAGUGGAGGCGGAGCGCUGCGACUUCCUGCUGUCGUUCCUGGGGCUGUUGAGCCUGGCGGGGGGCACGGGCUCGGGCGUGGGCAGCCGCGUCCUGGAGCAGCUGCGCCUUGACUACCCCAAAAAGACGCUCGUCAACUGCGUGGUGCUGCCGCACCCCACAGGCGAAAUCGCCACGCAGGGCUUCAACUGUCUCCUGAGCCUGGCCCGGAUGUACCCGCUGGCGCAAGCCACUGUGCUCCUGGGGAACGCGCCCAACCGGGCGCUGGCGCUCCAACUGGCCGCCCUUCUGCAGCCGCUGCCUGCCGUCAGCGUGGCGCAGCUUUGCGCCCAGCUGGCGCCCCAUCCAGGGCUGCGCCUCCUGCAGGUGCGCCCGCCCAGUGAGGACGCGCCCCACUACGCGCUGAAGCGAUUGAUGGCGGGGCCCAGCCAGAAAGUGGUGGCGCAGGCGCUGAUCCAGCGGGGCGACGCGCCGCUGCCUGCGGCGCUGCAGCGCCAGUUCGUCCAGAGCGUGGAGGGGGUGGACUGGGUGCCCCAGGCGCAGAUUGGGCGCAUCUGGAGGACGGACCGCGGGCUGCUGGGGCGCCCGCGCCUGUUGUCCAGGGUGUCAAAUAGCGGGGGGCUGGCGCCCCUUGACGCCCUGGUGUCGGACGCCUGGGGCGCCUUCACCCACGGCGCCUACGUCCAUCACUAUUCCAAGUUCGGCGUGGACGCCCAGUGGUUCCUGGACGCCUUCCAGGACGUCGAGGACGUCCUGGGCGCCUACCGGGCGCUUUGAUUGAUUAAAUUGUUGUUUUUCGGUGAAA